CCUGUCCUCGAGUCCGCCCCCGCCGGAGGGGCUCGGCUCCGCGAUUCAAGAUGGAGUCGUUGAGUCGAGCUGGGCAGGAGAUGAGUCUGGCGGCCUUGAAGCAGCACGACCCCUACAUCACCAGCAUCGCAGACCUCACAGGCCAGGUCGCGCUGUACACUUUCUGCCCUAAAGCCAACCAGUGGGAGAAGACUGAUAUAGAAGGGACCCUAUUUGUAUAUCGAAGGUCAGCUUCGCCUUACCAUGGCUUUACCAUUGUCAACCGACUGAACAUGCACAAUCUGGUUGAACCAGUGAAUAAAGAUUUGGAAUUUCAGCUCCAUGAACCAUUUCUUCUGUAUAGAAACGCAAGCUUGUCAAUAUACAGUAUCUGGUUUUAUGACAAGAAUGACUGUCACCGCAUAGCAAAACUCAUGGCUGAUGUGGUAGAAGAGGAGACACGGCGAUCCCAGCAGGCUGCUCGAGAUAAGCAGAGUCCCAGCCAAGCCAAUGGCUGCAGUGACCAGAGGCCCAUCGACAUCCUGGAGAUGCUUAGCAGAGCCAAGGAUGAGUAUGAGAGGAAUCAGAUGGGCGGCUCAAAUAUCUCCAGCCCUGGGUUACAGCCAAGCACUCAGCUCUCCAAUCUGGGAAGCACCGAGACUCUAGAAGAGACACCCUCUGGGUUACAAGAUAAGUCUGCUUCAUCUGGGCACAAGCAUCUGACAGUAGAAGAGUUGUUUGGAACCUCAUUGCCAAAGGAGCAGCCAGCAGUCGUGGGUCUAGAGUCAGAAGACGUGGAGAAGCUGCCCGGAGAUACGGCGCAGAAAGAGCCCAGCUCAUUCCUCCCAUUUUCCUUUGAGCAGUCAGGGGGAGCACCUCAGUCUGAAAACCUGGGUGUCCAUUCUGGCGCUCGCCACACAGUCCAGCCUGAAACCACCACCCCGGUGCUCAUCACUCCUGCUUCCAUUGCACAGGCUGGUGAAAAGCAUGCCCCAAGCUACACGAUCCCACUAAGCCCUGUCCUCAGUCCCACUCUGCCAGCCGAAGCUCCUGCUGCACAGCUUCCCCACUUACCUCGGAAUAGUACCUUAAUGCAAGCAGUGAAGACCACACCUCGACAGAAGUCUCCACUCCUGAACCAGCCAGUCCCUGAGCUCAGCCACAGCAGUCUGAUUGCUAGCCAGAGCCCCUUCAGAGCCCCAGGGAGCCUGUCGAGCACAGCUAGCACGCCCCUUCCAAGCGUUGAUCUGCUCCAGAAACUCAGGUUGACCCCACAGCAUGACCAAAUACAGGCACAGCCGCUUGGAAAAGGUGCAAUGGCACCCAACUUUUCUUCAGCAGCUGGCCAGCUGGCCACCCCUGAGAGCUUCAUAGAGCCUCCCUCUAAGACAGCAGCAGCAAGAGCAGCAACCUCAGCCUCCCUGAGCAACAUGGUGCUUGCUCCAGCCCUUCAGUCUAUGCAGCAAAACCAGGAUCCUGAAGUAUUUGCCCAGCCUAAGGUGUUGCCCAGCGCCGUUCCGAUGGCGGGGCCCCCACUGGCUGCUGCAGCAACCACAGCAGUGUCCUCUGUCCUGCUGUCCCCCAGUGUGUUCCAGCAGACCGUUCCCAGGUCCACAGACCUAGAGCGGAAAGCAAGCUCUCCCUCCCCGCUCACUGUUGGGACACCAGAAAGUCAGAGAAAGCCUUCCAUUAUUCUCAGCAAGUCUCAGCUCCAGGACACACUGAUACAUCUAAUAAAGAACGACUCUAGCUUCCUCAGUACACUUCAUGAAGUCUACUUGCAGAUGUUGACCAAGAACAAAGACAACCACAACGUAUGACUGGAGUACAGUCCGUGUGAAGGUGGAGGGCGCACCUCAGAAACAAGCAGGCAUCUUGUGGGCCAUCUGACUAGAAUGUGGAGCUUUGAGAAGCCUGAGUGUGAGCCUUUGAGAGAGCUUUGGUCCUUAAGGAUGUUUUCUAGAACAUUCUCAGUGAUGAUGGAGGUUUCACUGUGAAGCAUCACCAGCAGACCUUUGUUUGACAAAAACAACAAAGCAGACCAUUGUGUUGAGUUCCGUGGGUGUGUGUGGAAGGAGGAGCCACCAGCCUUGCAGCAGAGCUCAGUGGAGCCCAUGCCCUCCCUCCACUUCCGGCCCUACAAGCUCUGAACUGAAUGUCAGCUCCACAAAGUAGCUUCAAGUUUUAAGGAUCAGAAUUUAAGUUGAUUCUCUAGAAGGUAUUGUUCAAGUGAAGUAUGUUUUCUAUGAGCACCCCGCUUGGGCCUUAAAACUUCUGGGAUUUCUUUGUGUUUCGUUAUGUGUUCCUGGUCCCGCCGUGCGCAACACACCAUUGAAGCACGGCUGUUUGGAUAGGGCCCGGCUGGGCUCUGGUGGAGGAGACAGAGAACCUUGGAAGCAGAGUCUGGGGCUGCCAAGAUUCCAGUCCUACCAGAAGGCUCCACUUUUAGUAAACUCUGCAGUGGUUUGGAAGUGUCGAGUUUGUGUGUGAAGCACAGCCUUAUUUCCUUUUCUGUCUAAACAGUUAAAGUUAUUGUUGAUUGUUUCCUUAAUGCUUUGACAAAAGGACCAGUGGACCGAUCUGACAAAGCCAUUCUGGGUCCAUUCCUCCAGUGCGCUGAGAGCAGUUUUAAAGCUAUGCAGGAAAGGGAGCUGCACUCACACUGCCCUUCCUUUGUGUGGAAGACGAGGCAGAGAGCACACGUGAGCCGCCAAGCCUCCCCAGUGUAUCCCAGGCUGGGAGCUCUUCCAGCCUGUGGGCGACUGUGAAGACGCUUUGUGAUGCUGCUAUUGAUCUGCCAUGGUUUCUAUUUAUUCUUUUAUGGCAUGUAAUGGUGUUUAGUAAUAUUUUAAUGUAGAAUUUGAUUAUUCCAGCAAUAGUAAUUUUGAGAUAUUCUUUGAAUGAAAAGUGUCUGUUUCUAUGAUACAGGUCAUUUUGUAGUAUUUAACCAAUUAAGAUGCACUGCUUACUUUCCUGAGCACUAUUUAAUGAUGGGUAAGAACCCAGUUGGCUCAACCAGCUGGCAUGAGGAUUCGCUGUGAAUAAUGCAGACAGGCGCGACAGUUCCGCGGGAGCAGUCGCUCAAGCUUUAAUGGGAACUCAAUCAAAGGCUCAUCAAUUUCUUUCUAGCUGAAAUUUUAGAUAAUUACUUAUUAAUUACUUAUUUUAGUUUGGUCUUAGUUUUUUAGCCUAGAGACUCCUUGGAUUGGCUCCUGCUGAUCUCCACAUGCUUCCUGGACAGCGUUUCUGCAUCUCGGUCCAGUGUCUCCUCUUGCUGUCUGUCUAGUUUUGUGUGCGGUGUGCAGAAUUCAGGGAAGCCUACUUUUUCGUACUCAAUUAGGGAUAGUUUGUUGUCACGAUAGUGUAUAAAUUUAGCAACCAAAAAUUAAUUGUUCAUAUGUCAUCUAAGGAAGAUAAAGUUUAGUGAGAUGACGUGUUGCUGACAGUAGAAGGUGCUGGUCAAGAGACCACAGGGCUGUGCUUAUAAAGGGAACACUCUGUAGGUGUGAUCGCCCGGGUGUGGCUGUAGUGCACAUCAGUGAACGUGAGUCAGCGUCCUCCUUCCAGUAGGAGUUUGAAUUUAGCGAUGCUUUUGAGUGUGUGUGAUAUCAGAGAGAAGAGUGGGUGCCCUAGAGCAUCCGCAAUCAGAUCUGCUACUUUUCACCCUGAAUCCUAGGAAUGACUAAGACAAACCUGAAGUAGAAUCUCCUAGAGGGCUUCCUCAGUGUAAACAUAAACUUCUAAGUGCCGAAGUGAUGGAGACUUGAAAAGGGUAAACCUAUUUCAACUCUCAGAUUUAUAGAUUCCAAGCAUUUACUUCAGAUUCAGAAGCCAGAAGUUCCAGUUCAUGAUUACUAGGAUGUCAGGCUAUAAUGAAUCCCCAGAGAGCCAGGCCAAGCCUGGGUAGUUGCAGUUGGAUGAGCCUGGCCUCAAAGUCAGCUCCAUUGCCUUAUUCCUCAUUCAGGCAUACGAUCGAGAAACUCUACUAGCAUAGCUUGCAUGUUUACAGUGUCUUUGCUAGAACCAUAGCUGAGUUAAAAGGGACAUUGGAGAUACUUCUUGCUAGGUUGGCAGAGUCCAGGAGACCGCAUUUAGGCCGCUCUGUCCGUCUGUGUACACAUCCCAUCCCUCACCCCUGUGGUCAAAGGGCCUGGGACGAGCAGCCCAGAGUUUGGAGUACAGACAACCUUGUUCCCAGUUAUACACCUUUUCUGGGCCCCAUGGCGCUUGCCACUUGAUCUACUUGACUUUGAGUCCUAAGUCUCAAGUGACCAUGACCAUCAGUAUCAGGAGAGACACCCCUGCAUUCUCCAUACGGACUGUCCACAGUUUGCCCUGGACAGUGGUGUUUUGUGCAAGGCCUUGGCCCAGGCUUGGCUUAGAUACCAAUGACUAGAUUUUGCAUGUGUGAGCAUUGGUUCUGUUUGUUCUCAGUCUUCUAGUGGGAAUUAUAAACUCUACUGAACCCACUAGUACGUAGUCUUUUGAAACCAUGCAGCUUUAUUGUUUUCCUUCCCCAAAGAACAUUGUUUGGAGUUUUCUCAUUUCUGUAGUAGAGGCCAUAACUGCCAUUGAGAUACUAACGAUGCAAAAGAAACUGAAGGUGCCUCGCUGCUUACACAGCAGACUUAGCCAUCGCGCUGUACCGUGGAGGGAGGAGGACUGGGCACAGCAGGACCCUGUGAGUGGCAAGGACUGAGGGGCCAUGGCCUAAGUCCUGUGUCCUUGUGGCACAUCUACUGUGGACCAUGAGUUUGUUCUUGCCUGCCUUUGGUUUUCUUCCAUUGUGUUCAGAGCAUCUAAAACCAACAGUGCCCUGUUUUCAAGAAUCCCGUGUUUGGGUCUGAGCAGAACUCCUUACAGUAGACUUCAAAGGCCAUGCCUGAGAGCAUUUCCACAAGCAGCCAGGGCCUCAAGGAGCCUGCUGGGGUUUUGGUUUGGGGUUAUUUUGCUUUGUUGUCUUUUCUUCAAGUUUCAGCAGGCGAGAUGUGCAAUGUUUCACAUGGAUUCAGAUUCAAUGUCAUUCUUUAAAAUGCUGCAUUGCAAUAUCGAUCACUUUGAAGUGGGAGAAAUGCAAAGUUGUAUUUCCCUUUGAUCUGUGAAUCCUUAGGGAGCGAGUUAGUGCACGUGCUGUGAGUGGUCCUUCCUCGUACUGCUUUGGCCAUGUGGCUCUCAUGACUUUCCAUUGUACCAGGUUCUCAGCUCUUUCGUGGAGAGAGAAGCCCUUCGCCACCAUGAAGCUUUUGUUCCAUGAGCGCAGUGCCACCUCAUUAACCUUUUUAGUGGUGUGGAUUUUAUACCAUCUGUGUAUGUUUGCAAAUAUUAAGUUAUUACAUGUUUUAAAAUGAGCAUUUUUCAUCCUAAAUUUUAUAUGUUUGCAAAUAUAUUUUUUUAAUAAAAUUUCAAAAUCAA